AUGAGUUCUUCCAAGAAUUCUCGGCACUUGUCCACCGAAGAGCCUUCCACUGUGUUGGCGGAGGUUUCAACAAGUAUGCCUGUGGUAGAGCUCGAGGAGUCCAAUUGCAUAGGUCAUAGGAGCGAGGAGUUGGUAGAGGUGUCUGAACAUCCUUCUGAUGGGUCUGAGUCCCUGACCCACGGGGAUAUCUAUUCCGAUUACUGUUACUACGAUUGGACUACAGAUGAAGAAAUGUAUGAUGAUUACGAUAUCGAUGGUAUACUUCAUGCAGAAGAUUUAUUUCCAGCACUCAAUCAGGGCCUUGUAGUUGAUGCACGAAGGACAAUCUUUUAUGACUCGAGUCUUAAUUUGGACGAUACAAACACUACAGGACCAUCUGUUCAGCCUGAGUUUAUGGCGGCAGCAGCAUCUAGACAAACUAAUAGCCAAUUGGUCAAAGGAGCACAACCCUUGAUACGAGAGGCACCAGAGUUUGCAUAA